AUGACAUUGCGAGGCAAAGCCAGCGUUUUCGCCGGUGCUGCCCUGCUCCGACUCAUUCUCUUUCUUGCAUUUCCAGGCCUCCCCGAUCUACUAACCGGUCGCGUCGAGAUAUCAACCCCCGUCACAAGCUUCAAGCGCUUACAGGAGGGUCUCUUCUUAUAUACGAAUAAUGUUUCUCCAUACGAAGGUGGUGUCUUCCACCAGGCGCCACUGCUGUUGCCUUUGUUCUCUCUACUCCCCGAUGUAAAGAGCUGGCCCAUCUUCACUCAUCUACUUUACAUCGCCGUCGACCUCCUGAGCGCCGAUGCUCUUUACAAGAUUGCCGACUCAGGGGUGGCGAGCAACUCGAGGUUGUUCCAAUCGCCGCGCCGUGCGAAUAGGUUUGGCAGUGCUGCAAUUGCUACUGGCUUCUUGUUCAACCCAUACACCAUUGCGACAUGUAUCGGACGAUCAACAGGCGUCUUCACCAACUGCGCUAUUCUUCUAGCCAUCACCAAGGCUAUUCAAGGCUCUCCCUUCAACGCCAUGGUCGCUCUAUCGUUCGCCUCUUAUCUGUCGAUGUAUCCUAUCCUUCUCCUGCCCCCGGUCAUUCUCCUUGCAUAUGACUGUCAACUUGAGAAGCGCCGGGUUGCAUCGUCUGUCAAGUUUGCCGCUACCAACGUAGCUGUUGUUUUUGGCUGCAUUGUGUCAUUGUUGGGCAUGUCCUUCUUGCUUGCCAACAACUCCUGGGAGUUCCUCGCUCGCACAUACGGCAUUCAGUUGACCUUGUCGGACCUGACACCCAAUGUUGGCUUGUGGUGGUACUUCUUCAUUGAGAUGUUUGACUCCUUCAGAGCCUUCUUCCUGGGUGUUUUCUGGCUGCAUCUCGCAUCUUAUCCCGCGGCGCUCUCUAUUCGUCUGCGCCCCCAGCCAUUGGCUGUGUUGGUCAUUCUUCUGGGUACUUUCUCCAUCUUCAAGCCCUAUCCUUCGCUUGCAGAUGCCAGUCUGUUUCUGUCUACAGUUCCGCUCUUCCGACAUGUUUUUCCACUCAUGCGGUAUGCUUUCGUCACUACAUCGACGCUGCUGUAUGCAACAUUCCUUGGGCCAGCCUUCUACCAUCUCUGGAUCUAUGCAGGAAGUGGCAACGCCAAUUUCUUCUAUGCCAUCACGCUUGUGUGGAGUCUUGGUCAGAGUCUACUAGUUACAGAUCUUACUUUUGCGGUGUUGAGAGACGAGUGGGAGAUUGAACGCCCUGAGAUGGUGGGCAAAGAGAUCAGACAGAUAUAA